AUGGGUGUUCGCCCUUUGAUCCGCAGGGCCCGCGUGGCCUUUCGUCGCAUAUCAAUAGAGAAUGAUGAUGUUUCUCUUAACGAGCAUACAGAAAAUUCGGACAAUGGAGUCCAUCCGACUCCGAGCUAUACCAGUUCUGUGGUGUGUAGGGAGGUGCCGGAUGGGAGUGCUCAGCAUGGUGUUCAAGAUGUUGAGGCUGUUACUAUGGCCUGGUCAAAAAAGACUUUGAUCGCAGUCUUUAUCAACAUCUGGUUCCUAUAUUUUGCAAAUGCAUUCCAAUCAACUGUCACCGCAACUCUGAAUCCCUAUGUGACUAGUUCAUUCCAAAAGCACUCACUGUCGGCGGUCCCGACUGCGCUCGGCGAUGCGUUUGCUGCCGCCACAUAUCUACCCGUGGCCAAAAUGAUGGAUGUAUGGGGGCGCGCGGAAGGUUUCCUGCUGAUGGUCAUCUGUGCGACUAUUGGAUUGGUGCUCAUGGCAACAUGCCAUUCCUUUGAAAUAUAUUGCGCUGCCAAUGUGUUUUAUUACGCCGGAUUCUACGGAAUGGAAUACGCAGUCGAUGUCGUGACAGCCGAUGUGUCGACUUUAAGGAAUCGUGCCUUCGCCUACGCAUUCACUUCCUCGCCAUAUAUUAUCACGGCCUUUGCGGGUCCGAAGGUGGCAGAACAAUUUUACUAUGAGAUUUCGUGGAGAUGGGGCUUCGGUUGCUGGGCGAUCAUUAUGCCUAUCUUCGCGGCGCCGCUAUACAUUAUGCUGAAAUGGAAUUUACAUAAGGCGGAACAAGAAGGCUACCGCAUCAAGAGGCCCAGUGGCCGUACCAUACUGGAAAGCAUCUGUCAUUGGACUAUCGAAUUCGACGUUAUUGGAGUCUUUGUUUUCACAGCUGGUCUUGUUUUAUUCGAACUCCCCUUUGACAUCGCCGAUUACGCCCCCGACGGAUGGGCCUCCGCCUAUAUCAUUGCUAUGGUCGUGGUUGGCUUCUGCACCCUAUUCUUUUUCGCGAUUUGGGAGCGGUGGCUAGCUCCAGUCCCUCUUUUCCAAUGGCGACUUCUUACGAACCGCACUAUCAUCGGCGCAGUUUUGUUGGAUGCAACCUACCAACUGUCGAAUUAUUGCUGGAGCUACUACUUCACAUCCUGGUUGCAGGUGAACAACGACCUUAGCAUCACCACCUCAAACUACAUUGUCAAUAUCUUUGAUAUGGUGUCGGGUGUGCUUCUACUGUUCACUGGUUGGCUGAUCCGCAGGGUCGGUCGGUUCAAAUGGACCUUGUAUAUCGCCGUUCCACUUUACAUUCUUGCACAGGGAUUGAUGAUCUACUUCCGCCAGCCAAACAUUAACGUUGGCUACCAGGUGAUGUGCCAGAUUUUCCUUGCGAUCAGUGGCUCAACCUUUAUUCUCGUUGAGCAGCUCGCUAUCUUAGCAGCUGUCGAUCACCAGCAUGUGGCUACCGCGCUCGCACUAUUGAACGUUGUGGGCACUAUUGGGGAUAGUGCGGGUCUUACGAUCAGCACUGUCAUCUGGCAGAAUACUUACCUCAAGGCUCUGGUCAGAUACCUUCCUGAAUCGUCAAUGCCGAAUUUGAACAAAAUCUACGAAGAUCUCGUCACACAGCGGAGUUACCCUGUUGGAAGCCCCACCAGGGUGGCUAUCCAGAAAGCCUAUGCCUACUCCGAGCUGAGACUGCUUUCGGUUGGGUGUGGUAUUAUUGUUUUGGCAAUCCCUUGGACUGUCUUAAUGAGGGACAUUGACUUGAGAAGGAAGCCACAGGUUCGUGGUACGGUUUUUUAA